AUGAGUACGGAAAGUUCUGAUACGGGUGCAAGCAUCGCCCUGUCCCUGGUGGCUCAAUUCGAUGAUAUAAAUCGCUUAAACAACGUUUUAAACGAUGGAGCAUCGGAAGAAUGUUUCCUGGCAUUUGUUAAGCAAAUGGAAUGGGUACGGACACAGUGGGCAGCGGCGGAAGCAGAGGCUGCCCGUCUCCAGACAGAACUGGAUGAAGCUUUAAAGACAUUGUCAAAAUGGGAGGCCAAAUUUGCUCACGUUAGAAAGCUUUUGGAUGGAGAGAAAAGAGAAAGGAACAUAGUUAUGAAGAAAUACAAUGAACUGAGCAAAUUACUUGACAUGGCUAGAGAUUUGUUGUUCAAUGAUAAUAGAGCUAAACUGAAUAAUGAAACACUUCAAAAGCUAGCAUUUCUUAAUGGGACAGCCCAACAAGACCACAAUGCAAAGUUAAAUGGUGUUCCGGAACUUAAUUCUACUGGUACAUUGCUAUCAGAGAUGUCAUACUCUCGCUCUGAAGAUGAUCUGGAUUUAUCGUUGGCUUCAACUAGAAGAUCCUGGGUACAGAGAGGUGGUUGGACAGCAAGAGAAAACCCUCCUGCUAAUAAGAAACGUCGCUCAUCUACGUCUUCUGCUACUAAGACGGUGGAACUGCAAGGCGGUAAGGUGCUGGCCACUGCUACCACCACCUUGACACUAGAACGAGCGACUGCCACACACGAUUUAAAACCGCCACAGAACUUCCAACCAAUAUCAGAAAGCAGUGACGAAGGUCCACCGGCUCGGAAGUCAGCUACGCGUCUUUCUGGGCGGGUUGUUCCCAAGCAGGAGUGUACGCCUUCCGCUCCGCCUAUGAGCGAAUCUGAAAGUGCCCCAGAAACACCCCGAGCUCAGCCUCAACGCACCCCAUCAGUAGUGUCUGCGGCAUACGGAGGUUCUCCACGAAUUAGACCCCGGCAACACAACUUUGUGGCUAAGAACUUCUACAAGAGAGAAACUUGUGGGCCCUGUGGGAAGACCAUCAAGUUCGCAAAAGUGGGCGUGAAGUGUGAGCAGUGCCGUGCGCAGGCGCAUCCCGAAUGCCGGUCGUUGCUACCUUUGCCCUGCGUGCCCCCCGGCCGUGUGAAUUCUACACAGGAAGGCAGUAUAGCAGAUUUCGCACCGUCCACUCCACCCAUGGUGCCGGCUCUUCUAGUGCACUGCAUCAAUGAAGUGGAGAAGAGAGGUCUAAACGAACGCGGUAUCUAUCGUAUUAGUGCAGUGGAGAAAGAUGUUAAACGAUUGAAGGAACGUUUCCUCCGCGGCUGUGGAUCCCCUCAACUAUCAACAGAAGACAUUCACAUAGUAUGCGGAUGUAUCAAGGACUUCAUACGUUCGCUACGAGAGCCUCUAGUGUCAAGUGCUCUGUGGGCCGACUUUAUGGAUGCGGCCAAAUUAUCUGAGCCCGCCGAUGCAACAGCGGCUAUCAUACAAGCCGUGAGCCAAUUGCCUCAGCCGAAUAGAGACACGUUGGCUUUCUUAGUGUUACAUUUGCAGAAAGUAGCCGAAAGUCCCGAAUGUGAGAUGGGUAUAGAUAACUUGGCGAAGAUAUUCGGUCCAACGGUUGUUGGGUACGGGAUGAUGACGCAAGCAGCAGAAAUGUAUACCGCAACAGCGCAAAUGUUUAAUGUGAUGCAGCUGCUGCUGCGGCUGCCGGGCGACUACUGGGCGCAGUGGGCGUGCGCGCCCGCCUCGCCCGCCGGGCGCCCGCGAGGGUUCUUCUUCUCGCCCGCCGACACCGGUGUUUCAAGAAAGAAGAGAAACUACUUCCAAUGA